GUCCUCAACUUCAACAUGCUGAGUGGCCGAGGCCUGCCACCUUCCCAGAUAAAGAACAUUGACAUUGCUCAUCUUCAACAACCAUUCUGUCUUAAAUUCAAGAUAAGCCUCUUUGACAUUGAACAACAUAUGAAGUUUCUCCAAUUCUGGUAUAUUUACUAACCCUUUCCCUGAUAAGCACGCACGGUAGGAUUUCAAGAAUUCCACAGUUGGAUAUCCCUUAUGAUCAAAGUCGAAGAACUUGGCCUCAGCAGCAAGUGUAACUACUGCAUUACGAAUAAAAGGGUUCAUUCUGCAACUGCCCACAACUUGACUCCGCCUCUCAUUGACAGGCUCCAUAAAGCCCAAUUUCAUAAGCUUGUCGAAGAACUCUUUGCCAUGUUCCUCCGCGGUUUCCUUCUUCGGAUCACUGCCCUUUGCGGAUGGCGAUACAAAAUCUUCUCCAAUCCACCAAUAGACCAUGAGCCUCUUCUUUAUAAUAGCAUCUUCAGGGAACACCGAAAAACACAACAAACAAAGCUUCUCUUCAAUGCUGAGCUCACGGUAACUUGCCAACAAAUUUUGAAAUUCCAAGCUGUUCUUAAAGGUAUUUGCCUCGUAUAAUUGAGGCAUUUUCUUGAGCACUUCUUCCGUGCCUCUCAUAGCACCAUCUAAUUGUUGAUUCCGAUGGGGUCUUUUUCUUUUGCAUCAAUCUUGAAAUGUGGAGAGACCUUAAUCUUCAAUUUGGUCACGGUAUUCUUUAAUUUGCGAAGUUCUUCCACCUUUUGAUCCUUUUGGAACUGCUCCAAUUCCACGGAUGCAUCGUCGACUUGUUUAUCCACAUAUUUUUUCUGCUCCUCGAGCUUCGUCAAUGCCUUCUUCAUGUCCUCUAAAUCAGUAGUUAUCAAGUUGCAAAGUUUGAUUGUUUCACCAUGGAUUCUAGUGCUGCUAUUGUUGUCGCUCUGGCUAUGUUGGUUAACUGACUGGUGUUUGUCCUUGGAAGCGAAGCAAUAUGAGAACUUCUUGAUCUUGUCUCUAAUGGAGGAAACCAGUUUUUUUUUUGGUGGCUCAGAGGAUGGUGGAUGUAUCUCAGAGGAUAAUGGUGGUGGCGGCUCAGAGGAUGGUGGUUUCUCAGAGGACUGUGGUGGUGGCUCCGAGGAUGGUGGAUGCAUUUCAAAUGAUGGCGGUGGCGGCUCAGAUGAUGGUGGUGGCGGUUCAGAUGAUGGUGGUUGUAUCUUAGAGGAUGAUGGCGAUGGUGGCUCAGAGGAUGGUGGAUGUAUCUCAGAGGAUAAUGGUGGUGACGGCUCAGAGGAUUGUGGUUUCUCAGAGGACUGUGCUGGUGGUUCCGAGGAUGGUGGUUGCAUCUCAGAUGAUGGUGGUUGUAUCUCAGAGGAUGAUGGUGGUGGCAGCUCAGAGGAUGGUGGUUUCUCAGAGGACUGUGGUGGUGGCUUAGAGGAUGGUGGUUGCAUCUCUGAUGAUGGCAGUGGUGGCGGUUCAGAUGAUGGUGGAUGUAUCUCAGAGGAUGGUGGUGGUGGUGGUUCAGAGGAUGGUGAAUGUAUCUCAGAGGAUGAUAGUGGUGGCGGCUCAGAGGAUGGUGGUGGUUGUAUAUCAAAGGACGGUGGUAGUGGCUUAGAGGAUGGUGGUUGUAUCUCAGAGGAUGAUAAUGGUGGUGGCUCAGAGGAUGGUGGUGGUUGUGGUGGUGGUGGUGUUGGCUCAGAAGGCGGUGGUGGUGGAGGGGGCCACAUUGACAGAAGCUCAGAGGAUGGUGGUGGUAGAGGUGUCUCGACGGACAUGGUGAUUCAUCAACUACACAACUAUUUACCCAACAUUCAAACUCCUAACGACCGUAUUUAA